AUACAACAAAGCGAAACUGGUUUUCUGUUGUAUGGCAUAGAUCAUAUGAUAUUUUGGGGGGGCCGCAGAGUUGUAAAUAACUAGUCCGUGGGUUAGUGAAUAAAGGUUUGGUUUUGUUUUAAAAAUUUGACAUUUUGAAUAUUUCUCAGACCUUUUUUUUACAUACAGGUGGGAGAUAGGCGUCUUGUAGGACAGCCCACUUUUCCUACAGAGGAGGAUGUGAGCGGCUGACAUUUGUGUUGCGUUUUGGGACAGGAGGCUCGCUAUUGCAAACAGGUGUGAUAGAGGAACCAGAGCCGCUUCUUUUUUGGGGGUUAUUUUGUUUUAGAUUAGAAUGGUGAUUAUAUUGCAGGCACGGAUAUAAAGCAAACACACAUACACAUAUAUUUUAAAUCCAAUUCUAGGAAAAUAACGUUGGAUUUAAUAAGAAGAAGUCCCGUCUCCGAGGGAGAUAUGUUUAGAGAAUUUCAGGAGUGGUGUCUUAGGACUUAUGGGGACUCGGGUAAAACAAAAACCGUCACCCGUCGAAAAUACAACAAGAUUCUGCAAACACUUCUCCAGGGCGAAGAAUCCGGCGACAGCGGCUUCAUUGAAAACAACCACGUCAACGCCAAAUUUAAAUUCUGGGUGAAAUCUAAAGGCUUUCAGGUCGGAUGCAGUGCUGCUGCCAGCAGUCACAGUGAACAGAAGAAAGGGGCAUCUGGAAAGCCUAUCCUGUAUGUGCCUGUUAAAUCAACGAUUUCGGAAUGCGGGCCGGCCCAGGACAGCACCUCCCUGAAGCGGGUGGCUGUGGUGGAGGAUUUCUUUGACAUCAUUUACUCCAUGCAUGUGGAAAUGGGCUCUGACCCCGGCAAGGCACCCAAGCACGCCGGCCAGAAGAAAACAUACAAAGCGAUAGCGGAGACCUACGCGUUCCUGCCGCGCGAGGCUGUCACCCGCUUUCUGAUGAGCUGCCAUGAGUGUCAGAAGAGGAUGCACAUCAAUCCCAGUGGAGCCGAGUCCAAAGAGAAUGACCGCCCUGUCUCCUUAGUCCCAGGACUGAUAGACUACAACAUGCCAAUCACCACGACAUACCUGAAACAAAUGAAGCUGUGCAGCAUGGGAGCCAACGAGCAGGAUGAAAGUUCAGUGAGCAGCGAGGAUUUUGAUAUGACCGACCCCACAUGGAUGUCAGCUGAUCACGGCACCACGACUGACCUGAGCCCCAGCCAAGGAGAGAGAAUGCACACACCCCCGAACAGGCACAAAGAGGAGGACGAUGACUCGUCCUCAGAGAGCGGCAGUGGGAACGGCCUGCCCACUCUCAACCCAUCGGCCCCGGGCAGUGCCCAGGAGGACGGAGCCUACACGGUGAACGGGAACAGAGCUCCUGGCCCGCUGGACUUCAGCACCACCUCAUCAUCCUCCUCCUCCGAGGACCAGCCCAUCAACCUGAGCGAGCGACUGCAGCCCCCCUUCCAACCAGACCCCCCGGAUGGGCUGAGGAGCCGAGUGAAAUACACGAGCAAGCCAGCCGCGGAGCUCAGGCUAGACCGGGAGAUGAGAGACUAUGUAAACAAGUCUCCGCAGUACAGCUCAGGGAGUUACGACUCGGUCAAGACGGAGGUCAGCCUCUGUCCGGAGGACCUCUCAGUCAGCCGGGCGCCCAUUGCGGACGAUGAUGAUGACGACCACGAUCAUGAUGACCACGAGGACAACGACAAGAUCAACGACUCUGAGGGAAUGGACCCUGAGCGGCUAAAGGCUUUUAACAUGUUCGUCCGCCUGUUUGUGGAUGAGAACCUGGACCGCAUGGUGCCCAUUUCUAAGCAGCCCAAAGAGAAGAUCCAGGCCAUCAUCGAGUCCUGCAGCAGGCAGUUCCCAGAGUUCCAGGAACGCGCCCGCAAGCGCAUCCGCACGUACCUCAAAUCCUGCCGGAGGAUGAAGAAGAAUGGCAUGGAGACACGCCCCACUCCUCCUCAUCUAACCUCCGCCAUGGCCGAGAACAUCCUGGCAGCUGCCUGCGAGAGCGAGACCCGGAAAGCAGCCAAGAGGAUGCGUCUGGACGUGUAUCAGGCUCCUCUCGAUGAACAGAUUUCACUAGAGAAGCCGAGCGGCCGGGAGCCACACUCCGCCUUCACACUGGCAGCCUCGGCUUACUCACAGGAUCAGAUCUACAUCAACGGAGGCCUCAACUACAGUUACCGUGGAUACGGGGGGCUGGGAACCAGUCUGCAGCCUCCUGUCUCCCUAACAACAGGGACCACUCUGAGCAAUGGUCCAACUGAUCUCAGCAUGAAGGCACUGGCUUCGAACUCCUCUUCAGCCUCCAGUACAAACAGCAGGGGUGUCCCGACAGCCCAGCUGAGCCCCACGGAAAUCAACGCAGUGCGGCAGCUCAUCGCCGGCUACAGAGAGUCUGCUGCUUUCCUCCUGCGCUCGGCCGACGAACUGGAAAACCUCAUUUUACAACAGAAUUGAAUUCAGCACCUCCGUCCCCUCCCCCAAAAUGAAAAGAUAUUAAACUUACCCCCCGGCCCGGCCCGCCCCGCCCCGUCCUCUGCAUGGUCUGGUCUCCCCUCAGGACCCCCAUCCUCAAUCUUCGCACUGCCAGGGGAGGCUUGUGUGCAGAGUAAGAGUGAGCGAGUUGCUUUAAAUUGCGUUGUACCGUCGCUCAGCCCUCCUAAAGGAGGAAACAACCCAGUCUUGAAAAGGUAGCUAUCCUCUUUAGCACCCAUUACUGUAAAAUGAAAACACCUAGCACCACCCUAGAAGCACUUACAAUUAUUACAGGUCUCCGAGUCAUGGCUAAUAGUUUUGAUCAGCUAAAGACCAUUUCAAAUGUAAUGGCCAGUGUUUCACACAGCGCCACCUGUCAUUUGGUGCUGGUACUACAGGUAUCUUAAUGCUAUAAGACAAAAAAAGAAACAAUUGACUACUAUUGUAACGAGCUGUAAAUAUGUGCUAUGUGUUAUUUAAGCACUUUCCUCUCACAGCCCCCAUGGAAAAGGCAAAAGAAGGUACUGAACAUAAAUAUGCAGAUGGCACGUGGAAAUACCUCAAUAUAUUUCAUUAUAUUUACAUUUAUAUUGAUUUUGUAUCUCUUGGUAUCUUGGGGGAGGUGGGGGAGGUGGUUGCAUCAAUAUUGGAGUUUGGAUCUUUUAAACUGUAGAAAUACCUGACUUCAGAAAAACAGACCACUAAAACAGUUCUAAAAGACUUUGGCACUAGAGAUUAUUUGUAAACUACAUAUUUGAAGAUAGUGUUGUGAAAGUAAGAUGUCUCUUUUACUACAAGGUUAGAUACCGUCAACCAGGAAAAUGUAACGAAACCUCCAAACAUCCCCAAUACAAGUCAAAGUGCAAUCCCACUAUUGAGAGGGUUGGGGGUGCACACUGCCACCUAUAUAUAAAAGGGGGGACAGUUUUCCGGUUUCCUCCCAACUACCCAUCUUGUAGUUAAAGCCUGGUUGUGGACAUUGGGGGAAGACUUUCCGUUCUUGUUCUAAGAUGGCCAUUAACCCAUUUGCUGCUAUGGACCCAAUAUUUGCCACAGACCUGUAACCUCAAGAGGAGUCUUCAGCCUCCACCAAACGAGAGGACCUCAGCGACACUGCUCUCCUGUCUGUGAAAAACAAACAAAACACACCCAUAAAACACAAAGAGGAUCUCAAAGCAGUUACUACACCGCUUUGCACUGCGGAUCUCUCAGUUAAUAGUUUGAACUUACAGCCGAAUGUCAAACCUCCAAAAGCAAAAACACACAAAGGGACCAAGAGCCCAAGACCUCCCACCGUACAGCAGUGUGACUUCCAGGGAAUGCUGUGCUGCUUCAAGAACUCUUGCUUUCUUCCUUCGAGCUGCUACACCCACAUCGGUUGCCAUUAAAAAAAGAAAGAGUAAGACCACCCCUAAGCAUUCAGUUUCGAGGUGCAAUAUUGAACAGUGUAGACCAGGGUCUUCCUUCACUGCCCAGCUGCUGGCUUUCUUUCUCCAUUUGCUUUUUCCACACGCGGUUCAUUGUGUGUGGUUUACAGUAUCGGGCUAUUUUCUGUGAAUCAACUAAAGCCAGAUCUAUCGAAAUUGCAGUUUUUUUUUAAUGUGCGUGCCCAUUGUUGAGAUAAUGUCAUAGAAAUUGACACAAAGGGCAUAACCUUUUCAAACAUCAGGUGAUGGCUUUGAAUUCUCCCUACAGAAGUUCCCCUUGAUCAGCCUGUUUCAUUAGUUCGAAGAACUGUGUUUCCAGGACUAUCAGAUUUGAGCUUACAUUUUGCACUAAUGAAAAGUCGUGCAUUCGAUAAUCAUUAACUUCUGUAGUGUAAAUACUGUAGUCUGAAUGCCCUUAAUAUUAGUCCUUUGAUUUUGUUUGAAACUUUCUAUUAAAGUGUGAAAGCAGCCCGAUGCUUUAGUUAGGAAAGCAUUUCUUUAAACCUCAACAGAAGAGACCCAAUUGCAAGGCAAGGCUUUAACCCAUCCGGACUGACCUACUUCCAUCAUGUCUAAUACUGACAAACAUCCACAUGGCAAAGCUGAUGGAGUUGCUCCAUAUCAGAAUGACCACAACUGCUUUAUAAUCCGCUGUGGUUUACUCAUUGCCAUGGACACGCUCAUUAGCAAUACAAGAACCAAGCUCAUGUUAAUAAGAUGUACUAAUUGAAUGCACACAUGGAUUGAUUCUAGCCGUGGCCAUGAAUAUGGCCUCAUCCCACAUUUCAGUAAUCUGAAACAAUUUAUAUUUUAAUUAACGAUUCACUGGGAAAAAGCAAGGAGACAGAUUGUUUUGGGUAUAACAUCACAGACUGGGAACAAGGCAAAUGCUUUGUAUUGCUUGAAAAUAAAUGGUCCAGGAUCAUUUGUGUUGUAUUUAAUACACCUUAACAAUUCUAAAAACAUAACUAUGCUAAUGAUUCAAAAUGUCAAGUGAUGCAUAUUACAGGCCGCCAUAGAUGUACGAGUGAAUCUGCUGGGCUCCUGAUCAACAGAAAAUAACCAAAAGCAAGAUGCUUCUUCUAAUAUCAGUUAGCUGUGGAUUCUGUCAAGGUGGUUCUACUCUGAAGAAAACCCUGGUAAUAGCCAUAGUUUCAGAAAGAAGGAUUUACUACUUCAGUGACUCCAUCCUUAUUACCUCUGUUCUACAGGUUUCCUUCUGUCCUGAUGGCUUUGCAGCAAUGAAUUGGGUUCUUUCAGAUGACCCAUAUUCACAUGGCAGGAAUAGCGAGUGAACCCUACUGUACAACCUGGUCAUCACCCAGAGCCAGAUUGCUAUUUCAAGAAGAAUUCAUUUUAUUCAGAUCAAAUGCAAAUGCAUGAAAGUUCUGUGAUGCAGUGGUUAAUAAUGAUCUGAACGUUAUGCAUCUUCACAUGUGGUGUGGUACAAACUACUCUUAAAAUGGAGUUAUUAAUGACAGCUGAACACACUUUUUAUUUUAGAAAUAUAGCUUUCAUGUUACUGAAAGCUUUUUUUUUUUUUUUACUUCUGAAAUGUACAAUCAUUACUUUAAAAAUAUCUCUUAUUCAGAAUUAGCAGGUUCUAAUAAAGGGAGAUUACCUGCUGAGAAAACAGAGUAGGCCUGGGAACAUGGUCAGAAUUCAAGGGAGAAAGAAUGCAGCAUAGUUUAAAAACGCUUGGAAAUGCAUUACAUUUCAUUAUUAACUGCAAAACAUCUUACAAAUCCAAACUGACUUACACUUGUUUACAGCAGAACAUUUUGACUGCUAGCCGGGUAAAAUAACUACUCAGUCGCAGGAGAGGCUUGUGGUACAACAGAACCCUCUAGCACAUUAUGAUAUGGUAACUAGAAAAAUAUAAAUUUAUCUCAAAAGCAACCACCAAUACUGAGAGUCACAAUUCUCUUGCUAUGUGUUGCCAAGUUAUUCUAUGUCUAUACCCCACCUUGUGCCAAAACUGUUCCUGUGGCUCAGAACUGAGGACAUAUCUACCAUUCAUUGCUGCUCAAGCCCAUCCUUGACAGAAGAAAGCCUUACCUUGUUGCAAAUUCUCUGAAGUGCACUGCUGAACUUUAGCCUCAAACCUGAAGUAACCGUCCUCCGUGGCAAGAUUUAGCUUAUUAGUCUAGAAAGCGCUAUGCAUAUGUAACAGACAUAACUGUUUCUGUGGAAGGAAUAAAGAGAUUAUAUGGUGUACAGGCUGUUGCAGAAUAUCCUCCCCUGUGAUUGUUUAUUUUCCCCCUUAGCGGUUUUAGAAGAUAUACUGUAAAGAAAGAAAAAAAAAAUGUAGGCAAAAGACAAUCUUAUCCCCUUCAUUGUUUGAUUUCCAUGUCUUUUUGUGUGCAGCUAUUGUAUACAGUGCGUCUUGGGGACCACAAAGUAUUUUAUCCAUAAUCAAAGCAUUCUUACUGUAUUACUGUGCUUACAUAAGAGUUGUGAUGCACACAUGUGGCUCACCAUUUGAUCAGUCUCUUUUUUUAUGCAAUUACUUUUUUUUUUCAGACAUUUUUUAAAAAAAAGACUAUCUUGAGUGUAAACAUUCCAAAACAAGCAAGAACAGAAAAGAAAAAAAUGGUUUUAGCAACAAACCUUACCAGCUUCCACUACGACCCUGAGGAUUAGAGUACCUUCCAGAACACGGGUCACUGUGACCCUGGGGAUUAGAGUACCUUCCAGAACACGGCUCACUGUGACCCUGGGGAUUAGAGUACCUUCCAGAACACGGCUCACUGUGACCCUGGGGAUUAGAGUACCUUCCAGAACACGGGUCACUGUGACCCUGGGGAUUAGAGUACCUUCCAGAACACGGGUCACUGUGACCCUGGGGAUUAGAGUACCUUCCAGAACACGGCUCACUGUGACCCUGGGGAUUAGAGUACCUUCCAGAACACGGGUCACUGUGACCCUGGGGAUUAGAGUACCUUCCAGAACACGGCUCACUGUGACCCUGGGGAUUAGAGUACCUUCCAGAACACGGGUCACUGCGACCCUGGGGAUUAGAGUACCUUCCAGAACACGUGUAGCCAUGGUUCUUAAUUCAGAACUACUGCAAGGUAAAAGAAAGUUAGGGUGUCAGUGUUGAAAAGAUACAGUGUAGUGUAAAUAAUUUAAUUUAAAAAAUCAAUGAGGGGGCAUCGAGCAUAUAAAUACGACCGUGUAUGUUAUUAGGCGUUUAUUUAACAAAUAUUCAUGUUUAAUUACAGUACUGCUUUUUAACCUUUUGCCACCCAACAUUUCUGUUCUGGAAGCUUGUCCUUUUUUCAGCCCUCAAGUUCCAUUACUACUGUAUGGUAAUACUGUCACUGCUAGAAACAACAAACACUAGAUUGAGAAAUAGAAUACUGAUCGUCUGGGCCACAUUUUCAGAUGAACUGGUUAAAAAGAAAAUAGCUACUUUCAUUCGCACAGGGAGAUAAAAGUGUACUGCGUUUUAGUCCUAAAAUGGUUUUGGACAAUUUCAUGAAAAUGUAUCUCUUGGACCUUGCUGUGUGUAUUCACGGAUUAGAGAUAUAUUUUAAUACUGACGUGUGUCUUUAAAAUGACAUCACAUGUAAUUAAAUAUACCAAUUCAAAAUGUCCUAAUAAUUAAAUUACAGAUAAUAAUGUGUUCUUGACUGAAGCCUCCCAAAGGGUGCUUUACUGUGGUUACGCUUGUAAGGUUCAUUGCUAUCAGACACAAAAAUAUCUUCAGGCAGAUAUUUUUGCAGCAAAAAAAUAAAUAAAUAAAAAAAACUGUCUUUUUAUUUUUCUAAAAGGGGUAGUGUAUGUAGUCAAUAAAAAUCAAUAUGGUCUUUUUUCUAUAUAUAAUUUGGUGGUGCUUUAGAUUAGUUUGUUCUGUUGUACAGGGAGCUGGGGGGUCUCCACUCCUUACCUAUUUGUACCUAAUACCAAUGUGAAACUUUGUAUUUUACUCCUGAUUUUGGACUCAGUGGAAGUGUGAUGUUUACAUGUACAGAUUUUGCAAUUUUUUUCCCCCUAGUGUUAUAUGUUUUUCUGAUACUCUGUACUUGAGAGGGGAAAAAAAUCAAAACAAAUUAACCAUUGUAAAACUGUUUUUAAAGAGUGAAUCGGUUUUUGUUUUGGUUUCAAGCCAUUAACAUUAUUUUCAGCAACCAAACAACUGAAAAACCAAAUCUGGCAUCGGUUUUAUACCAAGGCCUGAAAUACAUGAUAUUUAUUAAUUUAUUCAAGUACAGCAAGUGAAAGUCUUAGCCAACUGUUACCAUGAGUAGCGCACGCAUGAUAAAUAUGCAGUAACUACAAUCUGUUCAUUUAAAAGUGGGCUUAUUACAAAAACAACAAAGCAUAGUGAGUUAUCUGUUAAAAAACAAACAAAAAAAAAACAACUUUAUUUGGAACACUAUACAGUAAUUUGAGGUACUGUUAAUUUGAGAUAAAACGUACUGAAACCAAUUCAACGUUCUAGCAAAUGCAACUGUUUAAUAAACAAUUGUCAUUGUUCAAUAUAAAGUAAACUAUUAGAACUCUAAUCUUUAAUUCAUAGAUCAAUUCUGAUACAAACUUGUCUCCGAUUAAGCCAUGUGGCCCCACCAUCUAGUUUGGGGAUGCAGUCAGAAUUGUCCUGCUACUGUUUAAAAAAAACAACAAGAACACGCAAACCUCAAUGUGCCCUUUUUAGAAACAGGUCUGUUUUAAAAUGGUUGAUUUCCCUCUGAUAUUAAAGUAUAUCAAAUUAUUAUUAUUAUUUUUUUUAUAUAUUUAUUGUGUUAUCUAACAGUGAAUAAUUUUUUGAGUACAUGUGGCUAAAUAUUUUAAUUCUUUAGAAGUGUUGAUAAAUAUAUAUGUGAAAAAACUAAAAUAUGAAAAAAAAUCUGUUAUUUCUGUUUGUUCAAUGCAAAAUAGCAUGGGCAGUUCUUUUACUUUACAUAUCAGUUUUAUUAAUGAAAUACCAAUGAGUUUAAAUUGAGCAUUUCUCAGUGUAAUGUUAUUACUAGGUAAAUACACUGGUUUCAAAACAAUUGUGGAACUUUGUUUUCUGUAUAUCACAAUGCUGAAUAUACUAAUAAAAACAGUAUGCUAUAUAUCAAACAGAACUAAAA